GAACGGUGAACCGUUUCUAAAAACGAAUUCGAUUCCACAUCCAACACACCUUCACAACCAGUCAAAGUGUUAUUCACCGCGUUUCACAAAUCCCCAAGAAAUUAUCUGAUUUCAACUGUGGUCAUCAUCCUACACUUCAAUCUUAUCAACAAACCCAGUCUGCUUUCUGGAAUUCAUAUCAGUCAUUCCUUGGAUCCUAAGUCUUUCUUUCAAUACCAAGGAAAACCUUUCCAAGUGAAAUUACUCCCCUAUGGCUAAAAUGUUACAGUUCUGCUCGAAUCCAACGAGCAGCAAUAGAUUUGGCGGUAAAAGACCGAUCAAUCGGAAAAUAGUGGUACUUGGAGAUGGGGCUUGUGGAAAAACAUCACUCUUGCAUGUAUUCGCUCGAGGUCACUUUCCACAGGUUUAUGAACCUACCGUUUUUGAAAACCAUAUGCAAGAGGUCAUUGUUGACGAUCACACCAUCGAGCUUGCCCUCUGGGAUACCGCUGGGCAGGAAGAGUUUGAUCGACUCAGGUCCUUGUCUUAUGCAGAUACACAUGUGAUUAUGCUCUGCUUUUCGGUUGAUCAGCCGACUUCACUCGAGAAUACAGAAUCGAAGUGGCUAGAUGAAAUUGUUGAACAUUGUCCGGGUGUCAAGAUAUGUCUUGUGGCACUCAAAUGCGACCUUCGAGAUGACCCUCGUACUCAGAAUAAUCUGGCCAAUUAUGGUCUACGACCUGUUGAUUAUGAACAAGGUUUGGCUGCAGCUCGACGGUUGCGCGCCUCUCGUUAUUUGGAAUGUUCGGCGAAGCACAAUCGAGGUGUUCAAGAAGCGUUUCAAGAGGUAGCGCGAGUGUCAAUCAAGUCUAAAUCCAUGGGGCUAACUCGAAACAGUCUAAGAGAUCGUCAUUCAGUUUCAUGUGUGAUAUCGUGACAUUAUCUUUUGCUCUGUGCCCACAUUAGUUUAAUAUUGAGCUUCCCGAUUGAUUCAAACCCUUUUCGAAAACUUACUCUCGUCUUCACUUUUUCUUCUUCUUGGCAGUCCAUGGGUUCCAUCCGUCUCAUCAACACAGUGGGCCAAGUCGAAUAGAUGACCAGCAUACCGAUUCAGAGUCAUAUCCCUAAGCCUUUGAAUUCCUCAAUGUCAACCAGUUUGAAAAUCCAUAAUCAGCAUUUGUUUACCUUUCUUUCACUAAUUUGUUUCCAAGUCUUUUCCCAUAUCAGACAUAUCCCUUAGUAAACCUAAUUGAUUUGUUGUAAUUUGGUAUCUCUUCAAUCGGAAAUUUUCUUUUGUGUGUGUGUGUGAGCGUAUGGUUCUGUAAGAUUGUUGCAUUUUAAUCAUUCCUUCAUUCUUAUUUUUUUUGGUUUAAUGAUUUUCUAUCAAUCUUUUAAUAUCAUUCUUAGUUUUGAUUUUUUUUCUUGAGAUGUAACAAAUAUUCUUGAAUUUGAAAAUAGGGAGUAUUGAAGGU